ACGACCCGAUUCGCUACCUUCGUCUCCUUUCUCAUUCCCCUUCCCAUUUCGCUGCCUUCCUAUACAACUGCCCGCACCGGCGCCGCCGCCCUAAAUCGCCUUCGCUUCCCCUCUCCAUCGCCCUUUCAUUUACCCUUGCGUACUCUCUCGGCGCUCUCUUCUAAACAAGCGAUGGCCUGGUGGAUCCACCGUGGACUCCGCAGAGCCCUUGUUCCGCGAGGCCUCAAUUCUUCGUCUCCUCUUCUUCGCCCGCCGGCGGCCUCCUCGCCCUAUUUUUCAUCUCUUCAGAGCAGAUCCCAGGAAAAUGCCGCCCCUGAGUCUGGGAUCGGUGGUAGCACAAGUAGCAAAACCGCUUCUUUCCGCUCUUCUCUGAACCCGACCGAGGUCGCUAAGUUCGCUGCCAUUGCGGAGACAUGGUGGGACUCUCAAGGCCCAUUCAAACCAUUGCAUUUGAUGAAUCCUACUCGUGUAUCAUUCAUUCGCUCCACACUUUGCCGUCAUUUCAGGAAAGAUCCAUUUUCUGUUAGGCCUUUUGAAGGUUUAAAAAUUAUUGAUGUUGGAUGUGGUGGAGGCAUCCUCUCUGAGCCUCUUGCAAGGAUGGGAGCAACUGUCACUGGCAUUGAUGCUGUGGAAAAGAACAUUAAGAUUGCUGACAUUCAUGCUGCUUUAGAUCCACUGACAUCGUCUAUUGAAUACCAUUGUACAACAGCAGAGGAAGUGGUGAAAGAGAACAAGAAGUUUGAUGCUGUGAUUUCUCUGGAGGUAAUCGAGCACGUUGCAGAUCCCGCCGACUUCUGCAAAUCCCUAGCAGCACUGACAGUUCCAAAAGGAGCCACUAUUAUCUCUACCAUCAACCGUUCUAUGAGAUCUUAUGCCACAGCAAUUAUUGCUGCAGAAUACCUUCUUAACUGGCUACCGAAAGGCACUCACCAUUGGUCUAGGUUUUUGACUCCGGAGGAACUCGUCUUGAUUUUGGAAAGAGCUGGAGUUUCUGUACAAGAAAUGGCUGGUUUCGUCUACAAUCCGUUGACGGGGGAUUGGACGCUCUCAGAUGAUACGAGUGUGAACUUCAUUGCAUUCGGCACCAAGAGAAAUGAGUGAAAUCUUGUUGAUUUGGACAGUUCAACCUUGGUCCGGAGCUGAAGAGUUUGUCAUUUUCCAGGUAAUUUUCAUUUGGACGGAUAUAUAGCCCAAGCUUUCAAGUCUUUACAUUUUAGACGAAGGUAGAUUUCGAAUAAGACGUUAACAACAAACUCUUAAGCAUCCUCAAGAAUCAAGAUAGCGAUAUCUUAUUUGUCUUUGUGACCAUGAAUGCUUAAAUUGUUUAUUCAUUUUGUAUAAAGAUUAGAUGUUGAAUUUUUCAAUGACAAUUAUAAAAGAAAUUGUUGUUUAAAA